CCCGGAAGUGGACGGCUCCACCCCGGACCCGCUGCCCGGGCAGCGUCCCACCGGACCAGCAAUGGGGCCGCUGCACUGGCUGCCGCUGCUCGGCCAGCUAUUGCUGCUGUGGCCGCUGGCGGCCCGGCCGGCCAGCCCCAUCCGGGCCUUUGUGGUGCCCCACAGUCACAUGGACGUGGGCUGGGUCUACACGGUCCAGGAAAGCAUGCGGGCCUAUGCAGCCAAUGUCUACACCACCGUGGUGGAGGAACUGGUCCGCGGCAGGCAGCGCCGCUUCAUCGCUGUGGAGCAGGAGUUCUUCCGGCUGUGGUGGGAUGGUGUAGCCUCUGAGCAGCAGAAACAGCAGGUCCGCCAGCUCCUGGAUGAAGGACGCCUGGAGUUCGUUCUUGGAGGCCAGGUCAUGCAUGACGAGGCUGUGACCCACCUGGAUGACCAGAUCCUACAGCUCACAGAAGGACAUGGCUUUCUCUACGAAACGUUUGGAAUCCGGCCACAGUUCUCCUGGCAUGUGGACCCCUUUGGUGCAUCGGCGACGACCCCUACCCUAUUUGCCCUGGCCGGCUUCAAUGCCCACCUCAUCUCCCGGAUUGACUACGACCUCAAGGAUGCCAUGCAGGAAGCUCAGGGGCUGCAGUUCGUGUGGCACGGGUCCCCAUCCCUGUCAGAGCAGCAGGAGAUCUACACCCACGUCAUGGACCUUUAUAGCUACUGCACCCCCUCACACAUCCCCUUCUCUAAUAGGUCUGGAUUUUACUGGAAUGGUGUGGCCGUCUUCCCAGAGCCACCCCCAGAUGGCGUGUAUCCUAACAUGAGUGAACCUGUCACCGUAGACAACAUCCACCUCUACGCUGAGACUCUGGUGUCCAACAUUAAACAGAGGGCUGCAUGGUUCCGGACUCCCCAUGUCCUCUGGCCCUGGGGAUGUGACAAGCAGUUCUUCAACGCCUCGGUGCAGUUUGACAACAUGGACCCCCUGCUGGAGUACAUUAACAACCGCUCUGCCCAGUUUGGCAUCUCAGUGCAGUACGCCACACUGAAUGAUUACUUCCAGGCCCUGCACGACUUCAACGUGACCUGGGACAUCCGAGACCACCAUGACUUCCUACCCUAUUCUUCAGAGCCACAGCAGGCCUGGACCGGCUUCUACACAUCCCGGAGCACUCUCAAGGGUCUAGCGAGACAAGCCAGUGCCUUGCUAUAUGCUGGGGAGUCCAUGUUCACACGCUAUAUGUGGCCACACCCCCAGGGAACUCUGGACCCUACCUGGGCCCUGCAGCAGCUCCAACAGCUUCGCUGGGCUGUGUCUGAGGUCCAGCACCACGAUGCCAUCACAGGCACUGAAUCCCCCAAGGUGAAAAACAUGUACAUGGAACAUCUUAGCAUGGGGAUGCGAGGUGUGCACAAGCUGAUGGCCUCCAUUGCCCUGGACAGGCCCCCAGGGUCCGGCACAGAGCUCCCAAAAAACAUCAGGGGGCCUCAAGUGACACCUGUUCUCUCUGUAGACACGAGGCCUGUGGGUUACUCUGCCUCUGUGUACAACCCGCUGGCCUGGAAGAUCACUACCAUUAUCACCCUGACUGUCGCUUUCCCCAGUGUCAGCGUCACGGAUGAAUUGGGCCGUCCAGUGUCAGCACAGAUUCAGAACUCGACAAAGGACCCUUCUGCAUAUGACCUGCUCAUCCUGACCACCAUCCCAGGCCUCAGCUACCGGCACUACAAAGUCAAGCGCACCCACGGGGAUCAGGCAGGCACCAGGGAGCUGGUCACCCCCAGGGCCAACACCCUCAAGUUUAGUCGCAAACUGAGGAAUCAGACCAGCCAGGAAGGCAAGCUCCUGGUGCCUGUGACGAAUGACUGCUACACUUUGCUGUUCGACCAGGACACCAACAUGUUACAUAGCAUUCAGGACAGACAGAGUAACCGCACAGUGCACAUGACCCAAGAGUUCCUGGAGUACCGAGCCAACGGGGACGUGAAGCAGGGCCCCAUUUCUGACAACUACCUCUUUGCAUCCAACGAUACCGCUGAGCCUUCCUGGGAAGCGGUGGGGAUGGAGAUGGUGGUGGGCACGCUGGCCACGGACGUAAGGCAGUAUUUCUACAGGAACAUAACAGACCAGGGUUACAUCUAUUCGAUCCACACUCGUCUGGCCCACGUGCAUCCGAGCCUUGCUGGGGAACUGCUCUGCCGACGGAUAGAGCAGCAGUACCACGUGGGCCCUCUGGACCUAAACCGUGAGGCCAUCCUGAGGACCAGCAGUGACCUAAACAGCCAACAAGUCCUCUACUCUGACAACAAUGGCUACCAGAUGCAGCGGAGGCCCUACAAGGCUUUCAGGAGCAAUCCCAUCCCCCGGAAUUACUACCCCAUGGUACAGUCGGCCUUCAUCGAGGAUGACAAGAGCAGGCUGGUGCUGCUGGCAGAGCGACCGCAUGGUGUCUCCAGCCAAGAGAAUGGGCAGGUGGAGGUAAUGCUCCAUCGGCGGCUGUGGAACAACCUGGUCUGGGACCUGAACUACAACCUCACACUGAAUGACACCUCUGUCGUCCACCCAGUGCUCUGGCUUCUGCUGGGGCCCAAGUCCACCACAACUGCCCUGCGCCCGAGGAGUGCGGUGGCCCUCCAGCACAGGCCUGUCGUGUUGUUAAAAGAGCUAACCGAUGAAGAAGAGACACCCAUUCACAGACCCCAUCACCCCUGGCCCGUGACAUUGCCCCCAAGCCUGCACCUGCAGGUCCUCAGCUUACCUGGCUGGCAGUACAGCAGGAACCAUGCCCAGCACCUGAAGAACCUUCAGAGAGGCCACCCAGAGAAACCACGGGUCAACCUGCAACGUGUGCUGCUGCGCCUGCACCACCUGUAUGAAGCAGGGGAGGACCCAGUACUGUCUCGGCCUGCUACAGUGGAUCUCAAGGUUGCACUUCGAGGACUAGGGUCUGUAGUGGCCGUGGAGGAACGCUCACUCACAGGGACCUGGGAUGUGCAGACGCUGCAGCGCUGGCACUGGAGGACAAAGAUUGGCCACCUAAAAGGGCACCCUACCUCUCCACCAAGGUCACCAGGAGGCUCCAUCAUCACUGUGUACCCCAAGGAAAUCCGGACCUUCUUCAUUCACCUCCAGCAGUGACAUCAGUGCACUUGGCCCCAGGGACAUGGAACUGGAACCACCCCCCCCCCCCCAAAAAAAAAAAAACCAACGAAGCCAGCCCCAGAGGGAGGAGCAAGCUGCUCAUCUGAUAGCUGUGUGGCAGAAGUGGCCAUGUGGGGAGAGGAAUAGCUCUGAUCUUUUUAAUAAAAAAUUAACAUCUGG